AUGUUAGAAAAUACUUGUGGAAACAACCAGUAUGAUACUGAUUCAAAGAUUGUAUCAGAUCAACAGAACAAACUCGACAUGGAUAAUACUACCAAGGAGAACGUCAUUGAAUCAGCUCUGAAAUGUGACUCUGAUUUUAACAGAGGCAAAAGAAAUCAAUCAAGAAUAAAUAACAUCAGAGAAUACAUUUUGCAUUUUAACAAUCAAACAACCAGAGAUCUAAAGAAAAUGAAGGAUAUAUUACAGACACACAUAGCCGACGAAAAUAAAACAUUAAUAAAAAAACAAAACAGAAAUAAAGAUAUUUUUAAAGAGGUUGUUCAAAAUAUAUCAAAAAUUAGGGAUGUGAAUAAGAUGCCUGAAGACAUUUUGAUACAACAAAAGAGUAGAGGAAAUUUGAAGAAAAGGAGCAUUGCCCACUUGUUUUCUUCAGAGAUAUCAUAUGAUGAUAAUGUUGAUGGAGACCCGAGCUAUGCACAAGCAUCAAUUCAACAUAAUAACCCAACUUCUUCAUAUGAACUUAGUGUCCACCUUAAUUCAAAUGACUUAAACAGCAACUCUGUUUCAAGAGAAUCUAUUGAAGAGACGGACUCAGGUGAAUAUGAUAGCCGCACUGAUUCAUUUGAAACUCAGAGCAUUACUGGUUUAAGUGACUCUAACAGCCAGUUAGACUCUACAGAUUAUAUCAGUGCCAUUCGUUCAAGUGAAACUAGUAAUGGUGUUAGUUCAAGUGAAAAUAGUAAUUCCAUUAGCCUGCGUGAAUCAGUUAUCCCAGCUGGUUCAACAGAGUCAAGUCUACACAGUAGAUCAAAUGAAAUAAGUGAGUCAACUGAUUCAGGUGAGCUUGAUAUGUCAAGCAGUUCUCCUGUUACCCCAGCUGGUUCCACGGUUUCAGAUACUCCUACUUGGCCAGAUAGCUCCAGUGAGUCUAAUGAUAUCAGUGACUCCAGUCUUUCAAGUGAAUACAAUGAUCCUAUGGACUCAAGUCAAUCUAAAGGCCAGAAUAAGUCAAUGGAAUCGAGUAAUGGCAGUGACUCCAGUGAAUCCAGUGAAUCCAACAGUUCUAUCAGUUCUGAGGAAUCUGACAAGCGCUCAUCUGAUCCCAGAGAUCAGUCAAAUAGUAACAGCCAACAUAAAGAAGAGGAUUAUGACUUAGGAGAUGCUACUGAAGGGGCAGAUGACGUAGCUUCCUGA